AUGUUCAAAAAUAGAAGAGUUUCAUCAAAAAACUUAGACACUGUAAGAAGUGAUGUACCUCAGCGGAACGAGGGAGGACCCUGUGAAAGCGAUAAUUCUCAGGCAUCAUCAGAUCUGCUUUAUGAUAAGCCUUCGUCCACUGAAUUUGCUUCUAGACAAAAUUUGGAAUACUCCGCCGAUUUGCAACCUUUGAAGUUUAAAAUGACAAGAACUCCGGACCUUGAAGAGGUACCAAGUCAUGUCAAGACGGCGUCCGCAGACGUGGAUUCCUUUUACAAGGUGAGAAAUAGAUUGCAGAAAAUAGCAGAUCCCAGCUGGAAUUUUAGUUCAAUUGACCAAGAACAGUUCGAAAUAUAUCUAAAGGAACCUGAAUAUAUUAAAGUCUUCAAGAAACAUGAAGAUCUGGAAGAAUUUAAACGAUUAUUUUUGGCACAAGAGUUGAAUGUUACAACAACCAAGGAAAACGAUCCAACAGCUCAAAAUACAGACGCUUCGAACAAAGCUAUCUGGACCUUAAAAUUUAGUCAUGAUGGAAAAUAUAUGGCAACCGGAAGUAAAGAUGGAUGCGUUAUGCUAUGGAAAGUCAUUAGUUCGCCAGUUGAGAGAUGGGAACUUGAUCGUGCUGAAGAAUCAAAUUUGGUCGCAAUGGCAAAAUCAAUUAGGAUAAAACAAAAUUUAGAAACCAAUGAAGCACACCUUAAUGCCCCUUCAAGGCCGCCCACUGAUACGAAUUUGGAAUCUUUAAAUUUGUAUGCUCCUAUUUUUCACCCCAACCCAGUAAGGAUCUACAAAGAGCAUUCACAUGAUAUACUUGAUUUGGAUUGGUCAAAAAAUAACUUCUUAUUAACUGCUUCCAUGGACAAACUGGUAUCAUUAUGGCAUCCUGAUCGAGAAACUUCUUUAAAAAGUUUUCCUCAUCCUGAUUUUGUAACGUCCGUUCGAUUUCAUCCAAAAGAUGAUAGAUUUUUUGUCAGUGGAUGUCUAGAUCAUAAAUGUAGGAUGUGGUCAAUCCUAGAAAAUAAAGUUGUUUACGAAUUCGAUUGUCAAGACUUGAUAACUGCCAUAUCCAUCUCUCCUGGGGUCGGAGAAUUUACAAUAAUCGGUACAUUUAAUGGAUAUAUUACCAUACUAUCAACGUUUGAAUUAAAGCCGUUGUAUACAUUUCAUGUAUUGGAUAAACACAUGCAAGGAAAUAGCGGUAAUGAUAGUUCGUUUAAGAAUCUUCUUGGGCAAAAUCUCAAGAACCAUCACGGUCCUCGUGUUACUGGCCUUCAAUUAUUCUUGGAAAAGGAGACAGAUGAUCUUAAGCUAUUAGUGUCCUCUACUGAUUCCAGGAUACGUAUAUUCGAUCUAGAGAAAAACAAGCUUAUAGAAGUAUUCAAAGGUUUUAGAAGUGGACUAUCUCAACAUAAUGCUCAACUCUCAAAUUGGGGAGAUCAACCUAUUGUGAUAAAUAGUAGUAAGGAUCAUUGGUUUUACGCAUGGAAGAUAAACACAUCUAACCCUAAAACAACCCAGAACUUUUCAUCGAUAAGGCAAGAGAGAUUAAGUACAGGUGGUGGGUUGAACGACUUACUAAACAAGUCGUCAGAAAAGAAAGAGACGACUCAUGAACUCUCCAGAACAUCCACAGCAGGUGAUAGCAGCACGCGCCAUCAUUUCUUACCCUCAUUAUCAAGACUUUUGCCACACUCCAGCCAUGUGGUUAAAAAUUCACAUUAUGUUGCAUUCCAUGCCCAUCAUGCCCCGGUAUCUACGGCAACAAUUGCACCACAAGAAACUGCUAAAACAUUAUCAUUAUCAAAUGAUUUUAUCUGCGAGUUGACUUUACAAGUUAUGGAGGAUAUAAGGAAAACAACAACUGGUUCAUCAGAUUCAUCCAAUGGGAGAAGUUCAGUUGAUAAGAAGAAAAAUGCUAGCGAAAAAAGUUUACCUACAGUGACAUCUGGGAUUCCAGAUGCUGUAAAUGCAAUUGGACCUAUUUUAGUAACCACAGAUACAAGAGGAACUAUUCGUGUCUUCAGAGUAGAUAUGUCAAAUGCUACACGUUCUAGAGUAUUAAAGAAGUUGCAAGAUUAUAAACAAAACAGUCAAGAUAUAAUUGAUAGUGCUACAACACUGAACCCAUUAAAUGCUUCUGAUAGCGAGGGCGCCAUCAACACAACACCAUUGAUCCAAGUAAAUUCUAUACCUCAACGAUCACGUACCAAUCAAAAUGGGAGUCAAACAAAUGGAUCUGUUCAGAGGAAUGGCAGUAUAUCCAACAAUGGUACAGGUACUGGCCCCAAAUCACCUAGACCAAGCACAUCAUUCACCAAUGCUAUAUUUAACCGUUCCAACAGUAGCUUCUCGUCUUCAAAUCGUUCUAGAAAACCAAGUAUCCAAUCAGUAAUGUCUGAUGCAGAAGAGUUACACCAUGGAUCCAGACCUUCGCGCCUAAAAUGUGAUGUAUGUGACGGUAUUAAUUUUGAACCAUUGAGUAAAAAUUUAUUGGGACAACGUGAAAAUGGGUAUUAUUGUGUUGAUUGUGGAACAAUUCUUAAUAACUUCAGAUAG